AUGUCUACUCCCCCGCGAGGAGGUCAAAAGGCUUCAAUUAAUCGCCAGGAGACAACGCCGUUCCAUUUGAAAUUGUUUUACCGUGUCGACAAUUUUCACAAUCUAUCUGAUUUCACCCCUUCUCCGUCAAGAAACCAUGGUGGACUAGUCAGUGGAUCGAAUGCGAUCCAAAAUUCAUCUGCUCCUCUUCCUCCGCAUCUCGAGAUCUACACAUGGCACUCGUGCACACUGACCGAACUUUCACACCUUCUUACCUCAACCCUACCCAAAUUACUUCCUGACACUCCUAUCGGCACCCGCCUUUGCUUUCGCCUGCUUUACCCCGAUGCGCGCAGUGCAGCAAUUAAUGGACCCGAUGCAGUCAGCCGCUUCUUGAGCAAGGAUCUAGGCAGUGUUAUCGUUGCGCCUAAGGAGAGCCCGUACCGAGAUGAGAAAGAGGCGGACCGGGAUGAAGGGUUGCAGUCUCGCGCAGUCCCGCUGCGAUUUCAAGGCUCAGAUGCUGAUAAAGAGCUGCAAGACGCUCGCUUUAUUAUUGGUGACUACAUAGAAUGUGCUAUUCUACCUCCACUGGAGGAUGGUUCGAUUGCGCCUCCGCUACGUGGUUCAUCUGGUCCCUCUGGUCCCCCGACCGGCAUGCGCGCGUUCAGAGACAAUGGCUAUGGACGGUCUGAUCGUGGGGGACCUCGCGAUCAUGGAGGACCCCGUAAUCGCGGUGGUGACCGUGGUGGUCGCGACUUUCCACAGGGUGAUUGGAGCAGAGGAGAGAGGUUGCCUUAUGGAGGACGCGACAGAGGUGGAGGCCGCCGUGGGUAUGCCCCAUAUUAA